CUCCAGCUAAAAGACCGAGCAACUUGAAGAUGACUGGUGCCAGUAUUUUCAUUGUUGCAAACUUCACUGAUGCCCUGAUAAUCUCAUCAAGCAGCUCGGCAACAAGCAGAAGCACAACAACAACUAACAUCCAUCCAGUUAAAAAGUUUGUGGCAGUUCGGUCUCAUUUUGAUGACUGUCCGGACUCCCACCGCCAUUUCUGCUUCCACGGCACAUGCCGCUUCCUGAUAUUAGAGGAGACGCCUGCGUGUGUGUGCCAUCCGGGCUUUGUUGGGAUGAGGUGUGAGCAUGCAGACUUUCUUGCUGUCGUAGCAACAAAUCACAGGCAGCACACAGUGGCCACGGUGCUGGUGUUGUGUGUGAUCGGGUGUGUUCUCAUCAUGGUGUUGUGUACAUUUUUACACUGCUGGUGGAGGCAGGACGUAAGCAGGCGGAGCCGCGCACAUCACUACAUCCCAGAGAAGCACGGAUCGUCCUGCCAUCCUUCUGAGAGUGUGGUUUAAAAAGACAUCCUGCUGGAACAUGAGCUGUUUGCAUCAAGGCGUGUUUAGUUGAUUCAUCGGUCCGGCCCACAACUCUCCAGGAUUGCAUCCAAAGAGGUAUACACAUGUCCAGAUCAAGCUCAAAUGGCGUCGAAACAUUAUUGUCAAUGUGACAAAGGUAGGCCUGCUGGUGAAAUGUCCCAUGACUUUCUUUCUCCCACAAACUUUGGACCCAAAGAGCCAUGGGGACAUGUUUACUUCCCUUUUUGAUUAUGUGGAAACACAAACAGAACUGGAACCAUUUGUUUGAAGCUCUGAGAAUGAAGCUGCCUCCAAAUCCUCCAUCGGCAGAGCUCUGUGUGUCCUGAUUAUUGUUUAUGGCUGGCCUAGAAGACACAAGAAAUGCUCCGAGGCCACUAAUCCUCCUGCGUGGACAUCAAAAAGGAAAGUUUUCUGCGGGACAACAAUAGUUAAUUUAAGUCGGAAGAUCCCAAUACAGGACAUGUCUAAGAAAUGAUGGUGGGGGUAAACUAAUGCUUUAAACAAGUUUUAGUGUCUGUUUUUAAAGAAGGAACUCACUUCACGCGACAGUAGUAGGAAUUCUUAUAUGGACUGACUGGAUUAAAAUUAAUAAUUAAACACAAAAAAAUUAAAAUUUUUCCAAUAUGAAUUUGAUGACUACAGCUCUGCUACUGAAGCUGAUAUUUUUGUCAGUUUUAUUUAUUAUUCCUGAGCUGUAUUUGAACAUCUUAAUGCAUCAGAGGUGUUUUGAUUUGCAAGCUAUAACUGUAUCGACGCAUGCACAUCCAGAGUGUCGCAUUGCUCCAGUCACACAUUCCACAGUCCAAUUGUAUUGUUUCACCUUUCUGAAGGCUAAGCUCACUGUUCAUACACAAGCCAAAUACACUUUCUAACUUUGCCUGAAUGAGAACUGAAGGGAAGAGGCACGCAGCUUGUACACGUGCACUGAAGCAUGCAUGCUCUAAAAUCACAGGGUAUAUUUUUUAAAACACAAAACACUUUGAAUGUCUAGAUGGGUGUGUUGUAGCAUUGCGUCCACUUUAAAUUUAGACACUUUUUAAAGAGAGAAAGCACCUCUGAGGGUUAAUUUAAAAUGUAAUAUUUAAUUAUCUUAAUAAUAAUCGGUGAGGGAAUAUAAAAUAAUGAAUGAAAAUGGACUGGGAUAUAUAGAGUGCAUGAACUUUUUGAGAUAAGACAGAAGAAAAAAAUAUGUACUAUGAUUGUGAUGAUAUUUAUAUGCCAACAAGACUGAGUGGGUGAUACCCUUGUC